AUGGCGCUCUCCGGUGCCAGACCCUCGAUCGCCAACGCUCUACCGAAACCGAAAUACAGCGGCGAAGAGGAGGAGCUGCCAGCACACACUCAACAAAAAGGCCCCCGCGUGAUCGAUUCCCGCGACCUCGAAUCUUCUCAGCUGGUCGUCAAGCGAUCCGGGCCACCUCCCUAUGGCCAACGAUCAGGAUGGAGGCCGCGAGGAGCAGAGGACUUUGGAGAUGGCGGCGCUUUCCCGGAGAUCCCCGUGGCUCAGUACCCGCUAGAUUUGGGCCGGAAAGGCGCAUCUGCUUCCUCUAAUGCACUGGCGAUACAAGUGGACGGGGAUGGCAUGGUCAAGUACGACGCCAUUGCACGGAGAGGCCACAGUGAUAGCCGCGUCAUCCACGCCAGCUUCAAAGAUCUCAUCCCCCUUCGGCAACGCGCAGAUGUGGGUGAACUCAGCUUGGACAAACCCACGGAAGAAGAGGAGCAAGAGACCAAAGAGCGUACGCAAAAGGCGCUACAAGCCCUCGUCAGCGGGACUUUGGCCGCGCAAAAGCCGAAGAAUGUCAAGGGCACGACUCGACCGGAGCCUACUUUUGUACGCUACACGCCAGCGAAUCAGAUGGGGGAUACGAGCAAGAAGCAAGACCGGAUUAUGAAGAUUGUACAACGACAGCAAGAUCCUAUGGAGCCGCCGAAACACAAGAUCAAGAAGAUCCCGAGAGGCCCACCAUCACCGCCUCCGCCCGUCAUGCACUCUCCCCCUCGCAAAUUGACCGCAGAGGACCAAGAAGCGUGGAGGAUCCCUCCGCCAAUUUCGAACUGGAAAAAUCCCAAGGGUUACACUGUUCCUCUUGAUAAGCGGUUGGCUGCGGAUGGAAGAGGACUACAAGAUGUUACCAUCAAUGACAAGUUUGCGCAAUUCUCGGAAGCCCUGCAUGUCGCCGAUCGUCACGCCAGAGAAGAGGUGUCACAGAGACAGCGCAUGCAACAGCGGUUGGCAGAGAAGGAGAAGGAAGAGAAAGAAGAAUCUCUUCGCUUGAUGGCGCAAAAAGCAAGAGAGCAACGAGAAGCAGACCGCCAGCCUCGACAAGACUCUCGCUCUCGCAGUCGCUCCCGCGAUAACAGAACGGAGCGACAACAAGCGCGUGCCGACCGGCGUCGCGAAGCGCAGCGCGAAAUGAGGCAGAAGAACAUGGGCCAUGAACGCCGCUUGCAGAUGAUGGCGCGCGAUCAAAAUCGAGACAUCUCGGAAAAGGUGGCUCUCGGUCUGGCCAAGCCGACGCAGAACAAAGAAGCCAUGUACGACUCGCGACUGUUCAAUCAAUCCUCGGGCUUUGCGGCAGGCUUCAACGAAGAUCAAGCUUACGACAAGCCGCUCUUCGCGGACAGAGAUGCGCUGAACAGCAUCUACCGGCCGGGCGUUGGGGACGACGAUGAGGAUGAUGGAGGCGAGACGAUGGAGAAGAUCCAGAGUACGAAGCGAUUUGAGACGUUGGGGCGAGCGCCGAAAGAAGGCUUCAAGGGGACGGAGGCGACGGAGGGGAGAAGUGGGCCGGUGAUGUUUGAGAGGGACCGAGGAGGCGGUGCGCCCGCUGCUGCUGGCAGUGGAGGCGGAGAGGAUCCGUUUGGUGUAGAUGCGAUGAUUCAGGAGGCUGCGAAGGGGGCGAACAAGGGAAAGAGAGCUUCGCGUGGAGAUGAAGAGGAUGAAGAUCGGGGAGGGAGUAGAGGGAAGAGGGCUAGAGUUGACGAUGAUGAAUGA